CGUCACUUUUACUCUUGGAAGAGGCGUGGUGUGGAGAGGCGAGCGAAGACCGCAGCACAAUCAUUGAACCGCACUUGGACCAAGGAAAAGGCUCAUUAUAAUUUCCUUCAGCCCGUUAAUUUCCUGCAAACUGGCCACUUAAUCUGGUGACCAAUGCCAGGUGUGACAAUGUCGCCUUUGGGAGCCAUGUUCUGCUCUCGCUGCAACGAGGAGUUUGAGCCCCACGAGAAGAUCGUCAACUCGAACGGCGAGCUGUGGCACCCCCAGUGUUUUGUGUGUGCCCAGUGCUUCCGACCUUUUCCCGAGGGAGUUUUCUACGAGUUCGAGGGCCGCAAAUACUGCGAACAUGAUUUCCACGUGCUUUUCGCACCGUGCUGCAGCCGCUGCGGCGAGUUUGUGAUUGGCCGAGUAAUCAAGGCCAUGAAUGCCAACUGGCACGCAAGAUGCUUCCGCUGCGAGAUGUGUGACAAGGAGUUGGCCGAUUUGGGCUUCAUUCGCCAUCAGGGUCGAGCCCUGUGCCAUGAGUGCAACACAAAAGCCAAGGCGGCUGGUACUGGCCGCUACGUUUGCCACAAGUGCCAUGGUCUGAUCGACGACAAGCCUCUGCGCUUCCGAGGUGAGGUUUUCCAUCCUUACCACUUCAACUGCACUGCAUGUGGCGUCGAGCUCGACUCGAACGCUCGAGAGGUGCGCAACCGUCCGGGUUACUCGGCAAAUGAUCUGAAUGAGCUUUACUGUCUGCGUUGCCAUGACAAGAUGGGAAUUCCCAUCUGCGGUGCUUGUCGCCGUCCCAUUGAGGAGCGAGUCGUCACCGCCCUGGGCAAACACUGGCAUGUCGAGCACUUCGUGUGCGCCAAGUGCGAGAAGCCCUUCCUGGGCCAUCGUCACUACGAAAAGAAGGGUCUUGCUUACUGCGAGACUCAUUAUCAUCAGCUCUUUGGCAACCUCUGCUUUGUCUGCAACCAAGUUAUUGGUGGCGAUGUGUUCACCGCCCUGAACAAAGCUUGGUGCGUGCACCACUUUGCUUGCUCCAUUUGCGACCAGAAGAUGAAUCAGAAAACCAAAUUCUUCGAGGUGGACUUGAAGCCCGUCUGCAAGAGGUGCUACGAGCACUUCCCGUCUGAACUGAGGCGCCGUCUGAGGAAGGCUCACGAGCUGCCCGGAAAAUGAAUAUCAAAAUGACAAUGCUGACAAAUCGUAACAAAAAGUAUUGCUUGGAAAGUCUCUGUCAAUGGCCUUAUAUGUAAAUGCUAAUCAUGUUUAUAAUAAUUGUAACAUUAUGUGAUAAAGAGCCUUCAAAAUUAGAAUUUUAUCACUUGUUGUCAAGUAUUUUAGGAUUAUAUGCCACACUGGCCAAUGUGCAGAAAUGUAUUGUUAGUUUUUGGUCGUUUUUUCUCACAACUAUUGAUAGAACAAUAAUUAUUUGUAAAAAUGAAGAAUGCACAAAUUUCCUCAUUUUAUUGUUAAAUACCAGAUUUAGAGGAUGAAAUAUUAUGCAAAAUGAUUUUUUACAUAUAUUUUAACAGCCAUACUGCCAAUCUUUUCUUCAAUUAAUAUUGAUAAAUAUUAACGAUCUUGUUUUUGCUUAGAAACUCAUAUAUAUUUGAAAUAAAGCACACUAAAACA